UACCCAUUUUCAACUGAUGGGCAUCAAAUCUUUGCCUGAUCGAAUCAGAUGUGGCAAAGGUGGGAACGGAAACAGCAACCACGGCGGGAAUGUAUACCGCAUAGAGAGAGCAAGUACUCGGAUCUUUGGCCAACAAAGACCAACGGCUCCCGUUGAUUCUCACGGCAUUUCGGAUUUUGCCUCCUUUUUCCUGUUUUGUUGGCGAGAUCAUGGCGGAAGCUUUCGAAGCCUACGCCUACGUGGUGACCGCGGGUGUCUUCGGCAUCCUGUUCGCGGCCUACCUCUUCUGGGAAGUGUCCAAGGUCAAGGUGACUCGUCGUGGCGAUGGUUACGCGCUGCUGGCGUCGGAGGUGCGCCACCAGACCGCCGACCGUCUCUUUGAGAUCUUCUGCGCCAUCCAGGAGGGUGCUCGCGCCUUCCUGCUGGCUGAGUACACGCUGUGCUUCGCCUUCAUCAUCGUCUUCGGUGCCGUCGUGCUUGUGCUCACGUCGUUCGUUAACAAGGACGGCAAGCAGUUCGACUGGCUCUUCGGCACGCUGAACGCCACGGCUUUCGCUGUUGGCGGUCUCACCUCGAUGGCUGCCGGCUACAUGGGAAUGAUGGUGGCUGUCUACUCGAACGCCCGUACCACGGUCUCGGCCAUGAAGGAGGGCGCUCGCGGUUGGCGCGACUCGUUCAACACGGCGUUCCGUGCUGGUGCCGUCAUGGGUUUCGGACUGAGCUCCAUGGCUCUGCUGGUGCUGUUCAUCCUGAUCAAGGCGUUCGAGACUCAGUACCCGCUGUCGACUGACCACAAGAAGCUGUUCGAGGCCAUCUCAGGCUACGGUCUUGGUGGUUCCUCCAUUGCUAUGUUCGGCCGUGUGGGUGGCGGUAUCUACACCAAGGCUGCCGAUGUCGGUGCUGAUCUUGCUGGCAAGGUCGUUGAGAACAUCCCUGAGGAUGACCCGCGUAAUCCCGCUACCAUUGCUGACAACGUCGGUGACAAUGUCGGUGACGUUGCUGGUAUGGGCUCGGACCUUUUCGGCUCGCUUGCUGAGUCGACGUGCGCGUGUUUGGUGAUCUCGACUCAGAGCCCUGAGAUCAUUGGUGCCGGCUGGCCUGCUGUUCUGUUCCCUCUGGUGAUCACGGCUACGGGUAUCUUCGUGUCCGCCAUCGUGAGCUUCCUCGCUACCCACGUGUGGCCCGUCAAGAAGGAGAAGGACGUCGAGCUUGUGCUGAAGGUUCAGCUGUUCGGCUCCACUCUGCUCAUGACUGUUCUGAUCAUCCCCGUUGCUCUGUGGCUGUUGCCGUCGCACUUCUCUAUCGGUACGGCGUACCAGGUGACUCCCAUUCGUGCUUUCUACUGCGUUGCUGUCGGCCUGUGGGGCGGCUGCAUCGUCGGCUUCGUGACCGAGUACUUCACCUCGCACAGCUACAAGCCCGUGCGUGAGGUCGCCCAGGCUUGCGAGACUGGUGCCGCUACCAACAUCAUCUACGGUCUUGCUCUUGGUUACAAGUCGGCUAUCAUCCCGAUCACCAUCAUUGCCAUUGCUGUGUACGUUGGCUUCUCGACUGCUGGCAUGUACGGUGUCGCUCUUGCCGCUCUUGGCUUCCUCGGCACGCUCGCCACUUGCCUGGCUAUUGACGUCUACGGCCCCAUUUGUGACAACGCUGGUGGCAUUGCCGAGAUGGCUGAGCUGCCCGCUGAAGUGCGUGACAAGACCGAUGCUCUUGACGCUGCUGGCAACACCACCGCUGCUAUUGGCAAGGGUUUUGCCAUUGGUUCGGCUGCUCUUGUGUCAUUGGCCCUGUUCGGCGGCUUUGUCACUCGCAUUGAGGAAACUUCUAUUAACAUUCUUGAGCCGAUCACGUUCGCUGGUCUGUUCAUGGGUGCCAUGCUGCCGUACUGGUUCACUGCCCUGACGAUGAAGUCGGUGGGCACUGCUGCUAUGGAGAUGGUCAAGGAAGUCAAGCACCAGUUCGCCACGAUCCCUGGUCUUCUUGAGGGUCUGCCCGGCCACGGCCCUCCGGACCACGCUCGUUGCAUCAAGAUCUCGACGGACGCUUCUCUGCGUGAGAUGAUCCCGCCUGGACUUCUCGUGAUGCUGUCCCCUAUUAUCGCCGGUACCUUCUUCGGUGUCCAUGCCGUGUCUGGUCUGCUUGUUGGCAGUCUGACUUCGGGUGUUCAGCUCGCUAUCUCGCAGUCGAACACUGGUGGCGCCUGGGAUAACGCCAAGAAGUUCGUGGAGAAGGGAUGCGUCUCCAUUGAGGACAAGGAAGGCAAGCUCAUUGUGCAGGGCAAGGGUAGCGCCAUCCACAAGGCCGCCGUUAUCGGUGACACUGUGGGUGACCCGCUCAAGGACACUUCCGGUCCGGCCCUUAACAUUCUGAUGAAGCUGAUGGCUAUCAUCUCGCUGGUGUUCGGAGACUUCUUCAAGAGCAUCAACAACGGCCGCGGUCUGCUGAACGUGCCCUCUGAUGUUAUGUCGGCUGCUGCUGCCCCCGUUGUGGAGGUCACGGCUGCUCCCCAGUUGUAAGCUCUUUUCUGCUGUAGACCGACUGCAAAAUGCCUGAGUGUUUUUCAGUUUGGUGUGUGGAGAAAGCGUGGCCUGCUCUGUAGAGUGUAAAAAGAAGAGGAGGAGAGCAGGGCUACCUGUUCUGUCUUGUCAUCUUUUCGUAGUGAGCCGUGCUUCGGUAUAGCUAGUUGCAGUCACUGCGCUUUGCGUUUAAUUUUGCAAUAGAGCUUGCCGAUGCACUAUAAAAAUCUUCUUUUAACGCUAGGGUUAAUCCAGGUUCACUACAGGAGUCUUUCGACUACAGUAUCGGUUAAUUCAGAUACUAGAAGCACAGUACCUGUACCGUCGAAGUACAUUUUGUCACUCGGAUGUGACGAAGGCGAAAUGUUGCUUGAAACCAUUCAAGUGUUCGGAAUAACCAACAUUGCAGCUUUGCAGCUC